CCGCCCCCCGGUGGGCCGUGUGGCAGCAGAGGCGCCAUUGGCGGAGCGCGUGUGCGGGCCCGGGAGCGGCGGCAGCGGCCGGAGCCCGGUGAGGCGGCGGCGGAGCUCGGAGGCGGCCCCAGCGCAGAACCCAGGGGGGCAUGCACUCCAUCCAGUAGGGACACAGGAAGAGGAGGAGGAUCAGGAAGAGGAGGCAGCACAAGGUUCCACCCCUCCCUGGAUCUGCAGCCUCCCCCCAGCCCCAGGAGCGUUGCUCCCCCACAUGCAGCAGGAUUUUUCUUUCCCGAGGAGUGUCCGGAUGGAGGAGGAGGAAAAGCCCCAGAGAUCCUGCCCGAGGAGGGGCUGCAAACCCAGCGCAGGGAGCUGCGAGGAGGAAAGACCCCCCCUGUGCCAGGAGGGCGGCUGGAGAUGCAGGCAGAGCCCAGAGCUGGGGGAGAAGCCUGAUGGAGGGGAGAAGCCCCACAAGUGCCUGGAAUGUGGGAAGGGUUUCAGAUACAGGUCCAAGCUGAUCCGGCACCAGGUGAUCCACAGUGGGGAACGGCCCUACGAGUGUGGGGAGUGUGGGAUGAGCUUCAAACACAACUUCAACCUGGUCCGGCACAAGAGGAUCCACACUGGGGAGAAGCCCUAUGAGUGUGGGGAGUGUGGGAAGAGCUUUAGGCACAGCUCCAGCCUGGUCAAGCACCAGAGGAUCCACACUGGGGAAUGGCCCUUUGAGUGUGGGGAGUGUGGGAAGAGCUUCCGGUACAGCUCCAACCUGACCCUGCACAAGAGGAUCCACACUGGGGAAAAGCUCUACAAGUGUGGGGAGUGUGGAAAGAGCUUCAGAGACAGCUCCAGUCUGAUCCAACACCAGGUGGUUCACACUGGGGAAAAGGACUACACCUGCUUGGAAUGUGGGAAGAGCUUUGGAUUGAACUCAGGUCUGAGAAAACACCAGCUCACCCACACUGGGGAGAGGCCCUACGAGUGUCCCCAGUGUGGGAAGAGGUUUCAGACCAGCUCCAAUCUCCACCUACAUGAGCGGAUUCACACAGACGAGAGGCCCUUCCGCUGCCCCGACUGCGGGAAGGGCUUCAAGCACAACUCCAACCUCACUGUCCACCGGCGCAUCCACACCGGGGAGAGGCCCUACGAGUGUCCUCAGUGUGGGAAGAGCUUCUCACACAGCUCUGAGUUGACCAGACACCAACGGAGGCACCACUAAG